CACUCACUCUUGAGGUCUACAUUCAUCUACUACAUCUUCCAUUAUUUAACUGCAUCAUCAUUCUUUCACCAAACAAAUUAAAAAUCUCUUAUCUCUAGGUCCAAUCCAAAUCGAUGGAAACCGCCACUACCGCCACCGCUAGUAGUAAUGUUGCCAAAGCAGCUGAAACGCUCAGAGCCGUUUUCCUUCCAUUUCCAUCAACCAGUCACACCAUUCGUGUCGUCGACACGGCGAGGGUCUUCGCCAUGUACGGCGUCGACAUCACCAUCAUCACCACACCAGGCAACGCCAAAAUCUUCCAAUCCUCCAUUGACCACGAUGCAGCUCGUGGUCGCCCAAUCCGAACCCACCUCAUCAGCUUCCCCGAAGUCCUUGGUUUGCCACAGGGUCUUGAAACCUUCAGCGCCCACACUCCUCCACACUUGGUCAACCUCGUUGCUCAGGGAGUUUCACUUCUGCAGGAACCGAUUAAGCAGCUCUUUCGUGAGCUGAACCCCGAUUUCAUCGUCUCCGACAUGUUCUUCACUUGGUCAGCUGAUGCUGCAGCUGAGUUGGGGAUUCCGAGGUUGGUUUAUCUCGGUGGAAGCUUCAUUGCUAUGUCCGCACGCCUCUCUGUUGAGCAGUUUUCGCCUCACACCAAGGUGGAGUCUGAUUCUGAGCCUUUUCUGCUUCCUGGGUUGCCCCAUGAGUUGAAGAUGACGCGGUUGCAGUUGCCGAUUCAUGCUCGAGAACACAACGAUUUCACUGAUAUAAUGAAGGCGGUGAAGGAAUCAGAGAUGAAAAGCUAUGGUUCAUUGUUCAAUAGCUUCUCUGAGUUUGAGGGGGCUUACGAGGAGCAUUAUAAGAAAACCACAGGAACCAAGAGCUGGGGUGUUGGACCAGUUUCACUGUGGGUGAACCAGGAUGAAUCAGAUAAAGGUGUUAGAGGGAGUGCCAGUGAAGAACGAGAGCCAGAAGGGUGGCUUACUUGGCUUGAUUCAAAAACAGAGGACUCUGUUUUGUAUGUGAGUUUUGGGAGCAUGACCAAGCUCAGCACUUCCCAGCUUGUUGAAAUAGCUCAUGCCCUUGAUGAUUUUGGCCAUGGUUUCAUCUGGGUCGUUGGGAAAUUUGAAGAAAAUGGUGAAAAUGAGGGUGAAAAUGGCUUCUUGAAGGAAUUUGAGAACAGAGUGGUGGCGGAAAACAGAGGAUAUUUAAUAAGGGGUUGGGCGCCGCAGCUUCUGAUACUGGAGCACCCUGCGAUUGGAGGUGUGGUGACUCACUGUGGGUGGAACACUACUCUUGAAAGCGUCAUUGCAGGGUUGCCGAUGGCGACGAUGCCGCUUUUCGCGGAGCAGUUUUACAAUGAGAAGUUGCUGGUGGAUGUGCUGGGAGUUGGGGUUUCUAUUGGUGUGAAGAAAUGGAGAAACUGGAAUGUGGUUGGGGAUGAGAUAGUGAAGAGGGAGAACAUAGUGAAGGCGAUUUCUUUGUUGAUGGGUGGUGGAGAAGAGGCUUUGGAAAUGAGGAGAAGAGUUAGAGAGCUUAGUGAUGCUGCAAAGAAAACUAUCCAGCCUGGUGGGUCUUCCUACAACAAGGUGAAAGGGUUGUUUGAUGAGUUGAAGGCACUCAAAUUGCAAAAGCUCAAUCACAAGUGAAGUGCUAAUAUUAUAGGUAGAUUUCCAUUUUUGGAUUGAUACCUUCAGCAGUGUCUUCAAUCAUAAAAGUGUAUGUAUACCAAUCAUUUUCGCAAAAUAAAAGGGUUGACUUAAAUUA